AUGGCUGACGCGGCGCCGUCACUGCGCGCGCUCUUGCCUGUCGAUGCAUCUGCGAUGAUCGUGGCCGCUGCGACCGAGCAUGUGCAGCGAGCCAACGGCGCGGGUUCGCCAAGCCUGCUGCCGGCGCGCACACUCCUCUCGUGGGUUGACUCGCCCGCGGCCAACGCGCUUCAAGGGCUCUUGGACGCCGCCGACGCGAUGGAAACCUGGGGACACGUGUCGAUUGCACCGCGCGACCUCCUCUGCGAAUCGCCUCUGGAUCGCUUGGCGCGCGUCCAGCGGCUCUUGAGCCUGUACCCGGACAGCGGCGCCGCGACGCACGUCGACGACCUUGUGCGCUGGCUCGAUCUCCAGGCGCACGUGUCGCAAAUCCGCGUGUGGGCAACCUAUGCACUGCUCUCGACCCGCGACUUUAACUCGGCGAUGCACGAGGCGGCGCGCCUGCUGGAGGCGCUGCCGACCGCCGACGCCGACCUUUCCAUGGCGUUCUCGCUUCUUUUGGACGUGGUGAGUUGCGGCAGCUGCGUCGAUUGGGCGGCGCGGGCCCAUCUGGCGUCGAAAGCGCUCGUCCACGUCACGGAUCCGACGCUCUGGUCGGUGCUCCUCGGGUGGCAGACCAAGCUCGCGGCCUUGGACCGCGCGGCGACGCUCCUCGACCUCUCGCACCACGAUCGAAAAGGUUUUGCCGACGAGCGGCACGUGUCCGAGCACACGUGGCUACUCGACCAGCUCAGCGUCUACAGAGAGAUCGUCGUCGAUCAGCCCGAUGCGGUGCUGCGCGCGUGUCAAGUCGCGCUCUCGCUCGAAGCCGCCUUUGACGAGACGUCGACGUUGGCCAAAACGAACGUGGCGCGCGCGAGCCUCGACGCCUUGUCGCUUCAUGACGACGCGUCGCUCGCCUUGGCGUACUUGGCCGACGUGUCGCCCGAAACACGCCACGGUCUCUGGCUCGCGCGCUUUGAGCGCGCUGCCACGGAUCGCGAGACGCAAGCGUGGAUUGCGACCUUGGCGUCGUCGUCGCUCCAAGGCACUGUCUUUGCUGACGCGUUUGCGACCCUCGAAGCCGCGUCCGUGCACGAAGCCACGCUCGACCGGCUCGCAGCCGUCGAGGCCAUCGACCGAGCCCGCUUCGACGCCGACGAGCCGUAUCGGUACAAAAUGCUCUCGGCCGUCGCGCGGUCAGAUCCUGCCCUGCUCACCGACGCCUACAUGGUGGCCGACGCUUUCGGCAUGGACCACUGGCGGCUCAACACAUCGUUUCUCGAAGCCCUCUUGGUCUCGUCCGACGUGCGCGAGGUCGAGCUCAAGAAGGUGCACCUGCCCCUGCCGUUCCGCGAUCAAACGACGACCGUGCUUUCGUUUGCGUUGACAGAGCCGUCGGCCCUCGUCCAGCGCCUCCUCAAGCACACGUACGCCCAGGUCGACGCCAACGACCUGGUCGCGCUCGAGUUUGUGUGGCGUCUCGUGUCGCUCGCGUGGCAACAGGAGCCGACGCUGUCGCUGCCGUUGCCCAUCGAGCGCGUCAAGCUUCUCAUCGCGUGUGCGAAAGAGCUCCGAAAGCUCCGCGUCACCGUCGACUUUAAAGCGUUUGCGUGCCUCGAGAGUCUCGAUGUGAAGGCGCAGGCAACCUCGGCGGUGCAUGCGAUGCUGCCGAUCCUCACGGGCCAAAACAUUCGGCUGCUCACGAGCAUGCUCAAGCGCGUGCAUGGCAUCGCCACAAGCAGCGUCGUCUUGAUCUACCUCGACACGGUGCUGACCAAGUCCAAGGCCGACGUUGCGCUCGCGUACGAGUCGUGUGUGCCGUUCGCAUCAGGUCUUUCGACCGACCACGUGCUCACGUUUCUGCACUUGCUCCUGGACCCGACCUACUCGCUCUCGCUCUUUGGGCACGUGUUUGCGACGCCGUCGGACGUGGCGCCGAUCGUGCCGCAUAAGAAGCGCGUUGAGAUUCUCGAAGACACGUAUGCACUCCUAAGUGCGCGGCCGGACAAGCAAAAGGGCCUCGCACUCCUCGACGCGCAAGCUCCGUUCGUGGUGCUCACCGCGCUCUUGAGUGCGUGGGACAUCUCCAUCGACGUCGUGUUUCCGCUGCGCGAUCAUCAUGCGCUGCCGGUGACGCGCUGGCUCAACGCGCCGCUGUCCUUGGCGCAGUGCCAUGUUGUGUUGACGCUCCUGUCCCGCCUUGGGCUCGACGCAGACGCCGUCUGGACCAACAGCAUCGACGCGGCGCUCCACGACCUGUCUCUCGACGCGCUGGCCGCCUACUGCCAAUCCAAGUGGCCGCACCACGCCGAGACGAGAGAUGCGCAGUGGGUCGCACGCGUGCGUCUACCCGGCUUCAAGUCUCUCCCGCUCCAUGCCUCGGCGCCAACGGAAGCCAAGUGGCUCGAGCACGUCCAAGCACGCGUCAAGGACUCGCCGCGCGCCCACGACCUCUUGUGCGUGCUCACGGCCAAUGUGCCGCCGGCCAAGCUCCGCUCGGUCGACUUGUCGGCGAUGCAAGCAGCGGCGUCGAUCGUAUCGACCUUGCGCGGCGUCUGCGACGACGAAGGCUACGCCACGCACGAAGCCGACGUCAUGGUCGACGUUGGUCCCCUCUUUGCCCAUGCUUGCCACGUCCUCCCCGAGACACCAAGAGCCAACGAAGCUCUCGCGCGGGUGCUGCAGCAGUGGCAAGCCUACCACCAUGUCACGUCGGCCCGGUCCUGGGCCGCUGCUCGCGACGCUGCCAUCGUCGCCCGCCUCGGUCUUGCCGAGACGACGCUGCUCGAUGAUGAUCAAGAAGAGGACGGCAUGGCCCCGCUCUGGCAAGAGCUCUAUGCGCGCGCCGGGUGGACAGUGCCGGCGCUUACCGCGCUGCUUCAGAGUGACGCGGUCGCGUAUGCGAGCUUGCGCCAAGAUGACGUCGAGGCCCUGCAGCGCGCUCUGCCAAUGGGUCGGCUCGUCCUCGGGCUCUUGUCGCCCUGUGGGACGAGCUCGCUGCGUUGA